AAUUUGGGCAUAAGCCAGGUCAAGCAUAAAAAAAGCGGAGUGGAGAAUGCCGAUGAAGAAGGUGACGGUGAAGGAGUACGAUUCGCAGGAUGAGGCCAGCACCGAGCUGCUGGAGAAGCUCAAGCACCUGGACCGCCGUGUGGAUGCCGCCGAGGGCGGGGGCGUGGCCAAGGGAGCGGGCGGCGGACGGCGAAGGAGCAGCGCCUGCUGGCAGUCGGUGAAGUGGAAGUCGGCGCUCAAUCACAUCGGACUGCUCGUCUCCCUGUCCAUUUACUGCGGCGUGGGCGGAUUGAUAUUUCGCCAUUUGGAACGUCCUGCGGAGGUGGAGCGUCUGUCGCAUCUGAAGGAUGUGGUGAAAACGCACAGAGAGCGCUUUCUGCACACCAUACUGAACAACACCGAAGUGCACAAUCUCGACGAGCUGUUGUCCUUCGAGCUGGCCAAAUACGAAGCGGCCGUUCAACAGGCGGCUGAGGGGGGGCUACUCAUUGUGGCCGAUAAAGACUUUCCAGAGCCCUACGAGCGAUGGAGCAUUCUGCAAGCUGUGUUCUUCUCAUCGACUGUGUUAACCACCAUAGGCUAUGGCAACAUUGUGCCAGUGACGACCGGUGGUCGGGUAUUUUGCAUUUGUUUCGCCCUCAUCGGCAUCCCGUUCACACUCACCGUGAUUGCCGAUUGGGGUCGACUGUUUGCUACCGCAGUCUCUGUGUUUGGCAAACACAUGCCCACCAAGCCAAAGUUUACCAAUUUCAUUGGCAAAACCUGGUUCUAUGCCAUUUUGGCCGUGGGCUUUCUGGGCGUUUACUUGGCCGCCGGAGCUGGUCUUCUCCUGCUGUGGGAAGAUGAUUGGACAUUCUUCGAUGGCUUCUACUUUUGUUUCAUCACCAUGACAACCAUCGGAUUCGGUGAUUUGGUGCCAAAGAAACCCAACUACAUGCUGCUGUGCACAUUGUACAUCCUCAUUGGCCUGGCCCUGACAUCGACCAUAAUUGAGCUGGUGCGACGGCAAUAUGCCACCAGUUGGGCCAAACUGCAGGAGCUAUCUGGUCCCAUGGCGGAAACUUUACGUCGCUUGGGCGAAACAGCGGGCACAGGACUCGAUUACACAGCCCUGCAAAAGGUCCUUACGGUGUCCAUGCCCAAGUGGAACAGCAAGAAGAAUGAACACAGUCCAGAUAUUGCUGCCCUGGAAGCCAUCACAAAUGCCAUUUUGAAGGAGGUGAAGGAGGCGCAGAACAACAAGCCGAAGGUCCUGCAGAUCGUCAUCUACGAGUCCUCCGUUUAAAGUGCCCGAAAUAAUCAGAAGAAAUGGGCAAACAGAGAGAGCUUCCAUCGAUGAUGAAAAGUGCUGCAUAGUUUUGGGCAACAAAUAUCAAGGGAAAUAUCAAAUGUAGUUAGGCUGCCGAUCGUCAAGCACAUGUUACAGUGGACACUGCCUACUGGCUACUGUAGCACUGUAGCACUGUAGCACUGUCCGACUUCCAUAAGUUAGUGUCCGUACUUAUAGCUAUUAUAUAGUCAAAUGUCUAGGCAAUAACAUUGCUCAUACGUACUGAGGUCACAUCAAACACAAACUCGCACACAAACACACUCACAUACAUAUACACACACACACACACACACAUGCAAAGCACGGCAGGUGAUUUACUAUCUAUAGUAAUAGAAAAUCUUUUUUUUUUUGAGGAACUCUAACCGUAUGAGGUAGCUUAAGUUAUUGGUAAUCUUAAUCGUAACUCUUGUCCAUACCAUGCAUAAAUGUCAUCUUAAAAAUAAA